CUGACCUGCUGUUGUCUUCGACGUCAGGAACUAACUACAUCGCGUUUUAAAACACAUCGCUGGUGUCUUUUAUGGAGCUUCGAGUACAGCACGGGAGACCCUCGAUUUAAACAGGAUACUUCCUCAACCAUUUGCACACGACGUUAUUGAACAUGCAGCAGGAACUGCUGUUCAAAGUUUUGGUGAUCGGAGAUUUGGGAGUGGGCAAGACGUCCAUCAUCAAGCGCUACGUGCACCAGAUCUUCUCGCAGCACUAUCGAGCCACGAUCGGCGUGGACUUCGCCCUGAAGGUCCUGCAGUGGGACCGGGACACGGUGGUCCGCCUGCAACUCUGGGACAUCGCAGGACAGGAGCGGUAUGGGAACAUGACUCGCGUGUACUACCGGGAGGCCGUGGGAGCUCUGGUGGUCUUCGACAUCACCAGAGCUUCCACCUUCGAUGCUGUCCUCAAGUGGAAACAAGAUCUGGACUCAAAGGUGACUCUGAACCACGGCAGGCCGGUUCCGGUCGUCCUCCUGGCCAACAAAGCGGACCAGCUCACGUCUCAGCCGCCCAAACUGGACAGCUUCUGCAGGGAGAACGGUUUCAUUGGCUGGUUUGAAACCUCAGCCAAGGAAAACACCAACAUCGAGGAGGCAGCACGCUGCCUGGUCGAGCACAUGCUGAGCAACGAAGAGAGUCUGACGUCCGAGCGGGACCCCGGGUCCAUCGUCCUGUCGGGCUACGCCAACAAGAGCCAGCUCAACUGCGCGUCGUGCUCCAAGUGAGGGUCACCCUCACCUUCAACCUUCAACAGCCUUCCAGGGGGACAAUGGCUGCAUCAUAGUGUGUGUGUCUGAUUCCAGUGUUUUUUUUUUUUUUUUAUAUUCCUGGACUGUUUUUCUGAGGUCGAUGUCUAGCACCAGAGAAACGACAGGGCUGCGGGGUGACAGGCUUCUCUGACACCUCAGUGGAGGCUUUUAUCAAACACACAAGUCCCUGAAAGUGGACUUGUAGACAGGAAAACUAUCAGAACAGAAGAAAACUAAAGUCUCUCCAAAUCUAACCGGGAGCGGGCUCUAUAAUUUGAGGUUGUCAUCCGCAGUCGGGGCAGGCAUUGUUCCCCCAAGCAACAUGCUGUGUCCUUGCAAAACAUUCAAUUGCUUCUGUCUGGCUCCAGUGCGUGAACUGUUUUGGCUUUUCUGUGUUUUCAUCUGAGUCAGAUGCUUAAUGGGCUUCUGUGAAAGCACGGAAGCUUGUGUUCAGGUGUCAAGUGCUGGAAGAAAUGGACCAAUGACUCAGAACCUCAGAACCUGCCCCGGCCCCUCGCAGCUCCACUUGCUACAUGCAGUAAUGGACUUCACAUUAGCUAAAACACACUUAUGAAAACACCCUGUAAACACGAUGAAGACUGAUGAUCAAAAUGGUGGGUGGUUUUGAAAAGCCACCAGGUGCUCUUUUUUGCUCUGACUGUUCACUACAGCUUGGAAGUACGUGAGUG